AUUGUCAAUAAUGACAAUUUUGACUUUGCACCGCGGCGUGAGUCACCGAUAUUCUCGAAGCUAAAAGUUAAAACAAGUUGUUAUUUUUCAUCAGAAACUUGGAAGUAUUCAUCCAGGUUGAUCAAUUUACGAGCAACCGAGAGUAAAUCUUUAAAAAUGAGUCUACAGUGGACAAUCAUUGCAUCAUUUCUGUACGCGGAAAUAGCAUUCGUGCUAUUGCUAACGUUGCCGAUUGCAAGCCCUUCAAGAUGGAACAAGUUCUUCAAAUCGAAGUUUCUCGCUUAUAUAAGUGCGCAGGCUUCGAUCUACUUCGUGGUGCUAAUCGCUGUACUGGUAUUAUGUCUUCUGGACGCGAUCCGGGAGAUGCAGAAGUACUCCAACAUAGAGUCGUCAGAUCAUCAACAUUUGGACGCUGAGAUGCAAGGUAACAUGCGUUUGUUCCGCGCUCAAAGGAACUUUUACAUCUCUGGCAUUGCGCUAUUCCUCCUCGUGGUCAUACGUCGUCUUAUUCAGAUGAUUUGCGAACUUGCUAACCUCUACGCUCAGUCUGAGGCUAAUUUCCGCCAAGCGCAAAGUGCUACUGUUGCCGCCAAAACUCUGCUCGAAAAGCAAGGUGCUGGUGAUGAGUUAGCAAAGAAGGAUCGUGAAGAGUUGGUGAGCAAGAUUGAGCUUCUAGAAAAGGAGUUGGCUCGUGAAAAGAAAGAUAAAGAAGCUGUGAAAUCUCAAGCAGAAAGUCUUAACAAGGAAUAUGACAGACUUGCAGAAGAGCACAGCAAGCUCCAGAAGAAAGUUACAGUUGCUGGUGGAGACAAGAAAGAUGAAUGAAUGAGAUGCUAUUAAAAAUAAAUCCUAAUGCCAAUUUUAGGAUUUAUAUAUUAUAAUUGGUUUAUAACAAACUAAUAACAUUGUUUAGCCUGGACAAACCUUAAAUUAUACAGUUUAUUGAAAGGUUCUUCAAAAUAUCUAUUAAGGUUUCCACUGUUAUAUACUUUAAAUUAUAAUAACUAUGAGUAGGUAAGUACUUAUUUGGGAAGAAUAAAAAAGACUUGAUAAAUGGUGAAAAACACUUUAUUUUGUUUUAAACUAAUAAACAUUUAGAGAACAAUUAUUGAUGUUGAUUUUUUUUUAUAAAAAAUUAAUAUUUCUUUUUUAAUUAUUAAAAUCUCUUUCAGGCUUGUUGUCUAUGGCUUAACUGAAUAAAUUAUAAUGUGAGGGAAAUGGAUCCCAUAAUGUCUGCUAUUAAUAUGUAUUUUAAUUUAUACUACUACCUUUCUUGAUGAGUGAUGUUUACCAACAAACAAAUUAAAAAUGAGGGUAUAAAUCACUAGUAAUUUCACAGCUAAUAAUAAUUGUAAUUAACUUGUUCAUAAAUUAAUGAAAAUAAAUUUGAUUAAUAAGCUUAGAACAAUUAGAUAUGGUUAAUAUAUUUUAUAUAUAACGUUUUGUAUACAAACCAUACAUAAUUAUAUUAAAACAAAUAAGUUAUGAAAUGACAUGCGUUUUCUACCUUAAUUUCUAAUUUAUUUGUUGAUAAACAGUACUCAUCAAGACGGGCUGUAGUAUAUUAAAUAUGUUUGUGCAGUGUGAAAAUGAGAGUGCCUUAUUGUAUGAAGUGAACACUAUUGUUUAUUCCAUACUUAUCUAUUUUUGUAAUCUUGUUCAUCCAUAUUAGUAUAAGCAUGAGUUAUUCAUUUAAUUCAAUUCUUAGGCUGAUGUAAUUUGGUGAUUCAUGAUUCACUGUUGAAUUUCACAACUGUGUAUUUGAUUUACAUACUGGGCAUUUUUACACAAUCUUAAAAGGCAUUGCAACUUGCCUUUUAAAUUAUUAAGUAUAAUCUUCAAAUAUAAACAUAAAAAAUCAAAUAUAAGUAAAUAACAAAGUGUUCCUCAACUCAGAUUUGAAGUUUUACUUGUUUCAACAAUUAUUGCUAAUAAUAAAAUAGUUAUUUUAAUUCAUUGAUUAUAAUUUUAUUAUAAUACUAAUUCAGAAUAAUCUAAGUAAAAUUAAACUAUAGUUCCAUGAAUGAUAUAGCUUGAUUUUUUAUUAAAAUUAUACUUGGGAAAAUUGUUAAUGGGAAUUUAGUUAGGAGUGUUGGUUUUUUUUCAUUAAGUCUGAUUUUUUGUUGUAUGUAACUUAUUUAAAGGAUUGUAUGUAUGAUUUAAGUUUUGUACUUUGGUAGGUAUUAGAAAGUAUAAUAUAAAACUUUGUAUUUAGUGUGAAAUGUUUUUGUUUAAUGAUUUGUAGGUACUAUGUACUCGUACAUUGUACAUGAAAUACAUGUUUGUGAUAGAUUUUACACUAUGCAUUUUUUUAAAAAUGGUUUUAGAAAAUCAAUACUAUGCUUUUAAAUAUUCAUAUUUUGCUUUAUUAUUUGCUGUUAAAUUGGGCAUAAAUCCUAAAGGAAACCAUGCAAAAGAAAGUAAUGUAUUGCAAAGUAGCUUCAAGUGCUUGCAUCAAUGGUAUUGUGCAUUCUAACAUCCAUUUUUAGUUUAUGAUUGAAUACUAAGCAUUUAAUAUCUUUGGUCCAUCUAGUGGGGGUCAACCAAGUCCUCUGCUUUCGGGGUCGCCAUUCCAGCACCUUGGUACACCAAUGUGCAUCGGCUUCUUACGCCCCACCAUAUUUCAUAAUGUAAGCUGGAAUUACUAUAUAUUAUUCACUGUUGUGGUUCACAGUUUUAGAAUUUGUGUGCAAUUUAACUAUAAUUACUCAUUUUAGGGAAGAUGUAAAGCUUUUUCAUGUAAUGAAAACAGUAUAUAAUAAUAUGAAAUAAAAUGUCCAAAUUAUUAA